AUGACGGUUCAAAACGGGGCAAAGCCUACCCCAAAAACAAUCCUGGUUGAUCUCGGAGGUAUAUUUAUGCACCCACCAGAUGAACACACUUUCGCAACGAAAGACUCCACCGUCUCCCUGCGACGACUUAUGUUAACCUCAACCUGGAGCGACUAUGAAUCUGGAACUCUGAGCGACAAGCAAUGCUUUGCACAGCUGGCUAGCGAGUACCAGAUUCAAAAAACCGAAUUGGAGACAAAAAUCGCACAUCUCCGUGAGACUAUCACCUAUGACCAGGAAAUGACUUCAGCCUUCAGAAAUAUAAAAGAGUCAGGAGCGCGCAUUUUCCUAGUCUCCAAUAUCUCCAAGGAAGACUAUGCAGCACUGCAGCGCUUGUGGGGUAAGGAGUUUUGGUCCAUCUUUGACGGGGUCUUCACCUCCUCCGCUCUCGGUGUCCGAAAGCCCAAUCUGCGUUUCUAUCGACUCGUUCUCCGAGCGACGAAGGCAGUGCCUCAUCUGACCUUUUUGGUUGAUGAUCGUCCUGAGAAUGUACUUGCGGCUCUGUCGGUCGGUAUGAAGGGAACAUUUGAUACCUCAGGGCUCUACCGAACCGUUACCAACUUUCUUGGUGACCCCGUGGAGAGGGGGCUGUCGUUUCUUCGACAGCAGGGUGGAAAUUUCCCUACAACCACACAGUAUGGCGAAGAAAUUGAGGAAAACUACGCUCCUCUAUUGAUAUUGGAUGUUUUGAAUGACCAGAGCCUGGCGAAAAUUGAAGCCCCGCCUCGCCUUUGGAAUUUCUUUAGCGGACCCCCUCGGUUCACUACCGUCUCAUACCCCGAAGAUCUGGACACCACGUCCCUCGGUCUAUGUGUCCUCCCCCCAGAUACGGAGACGAUCAACUCAAUCCUAGAUGAAAUGCAUGACUACAUUGAUGAGGACGGCAACAUCCAGGCAUACUACGACAAAUCAAGACCCCGAACCGACGCAGUCAUCAAUCUCAAUGUAUUGAUUUUGUUCCACAAAUACGGACGUGGUCAUGAGCUCCCCCAAACAAUGGGAUGGAUCUAUGAUAUCUUGCUCCAUAGAGCUUACAUCCAGGGUACACGCUACUACCCCAAUGCCGAGUGGUUCCUCUACUACAUGACGCGUCUCCUGCGUGUCUCUACCGAUCCUACACUUUCUGAGAAAAUCAAGAGUCUUCUUCGAACACGGGUGGCUGAGAGGAUUGGGGCUUCCGGUGAUGCAUACUGUCUUGCGAUGCGCGUAAUUGCGUGUAAGCAUCUAGGGAUUGAAAACCAUCCUGACCGUCAAAAGCUUGCUGAGAUGCAGUUGGAAGAUGGCGGGUGGGAGGCCUCAUGCAUGUAUUUGUUCCCUGGAAAGAAUAGAGAGGUUGGGAAUAGGGGGGUUACCACCGCCUUUGCAGUGAAAGCUCUCCAGGAUUAG